CUCUUUACAGCUAUUCAUCUUCUUCUUCUUUCAUUUCCCCAUCUCUCUCUAGCUGGUGAGUAUAUAGGUAUAUAGUGUGUAUGCACUUUUGUCUGUACACAAUACGCAUCCAUGGAAGUACCAUCAGAACACAUGUCGUGGCGAGACGAGCUGGCAAGCUUAGUGGAAGAUACAGGAAUAGUAUUCAACGGAGAUUCGAUCCCAGCCCCGCCGGAGAAAUUCCCCACCAAAUCGCCGCCGCCUCCGCCCGCCGCGUCGGAAAGCUUGAGGGACCAGAUCAAGGGCUUCGCGGUCGCGUGGGGGGAAUUGCUGGUGGAGCUGGCGAGAGGGUGCAGGGACGUGGCGCGGCAGUCCCUACUGGCUGAGGAUUCUUACAUCGUGAGGAAGACCCGAGGACCGCUUGCCGAGGUUUCGGGGAAGCUGAGAUUUCUGAACGAGUUCCUGCCGGAGGAUCGCCACCCGUCCCACGUCUGGCCCGUCAUCCUCUUCGUGUUUUUUCUUGCUCUGGCUGUUCUGAGUGUAAAUAGCAAAUACGAGGCCACAAUUUCGUCGGUGAAGAAAGUCUCUCUGCAUCCUCCGAGUGCCACACGGAUACUUCUGCCGGAUGGGAGAUACAUAGCAUAUCACGAAAAUGGAGUUCCUUCUCUUAAAGCAAGAUUUACCGUGAUUGUCCCACAUGGAUUUCUCUCUUCUCGUCUUGCAGGUGUUCCGGGUAUCAAAAUUCAGCUUCUGGAAGAAUUUGGUGUUCGGUUGAUAACAUAUGAUCUCCCGGGAUUUGGCGAAAGUGAUCCUCAUCCUAACAGAAAUCUUAGCUCGUCUGCUCUGGAUAUGUUAUAUUUGGCACAUUCUGUGGGAGUAAGUGGCAAAUUCUGGGUUUUGGGAUAUUCGAGCGGCUCAUUGCACACCUGGGCAGCUCUGAAGUAUAUUCCGGAUAAUAUUGCAGGUGCUAUCAUGUUUGCCCCCUUGGUAAACCCGUAUGAUUCGGGCAUGACAAAGGAAGAGAUGUCUGGAGCUUGGAGAAAUUGGACUCGGCGAAAAAGAUUCUUGUAUUUUCUGGCACGAAGAUUCCCGAAUUUCCUUCCUUACUUUUACCGUCGAACUUUUCUCUCCGGGAAGCACGGUCCUGUAGAUAAAUGGUUAGCUUCAUCAUUGGGAAAGAAGGAUAGAGAUCUUGUAAAGAUAACAGCUUUUGAAGAAAUAUGGCAAAGGGACGUGGAGGAGUCGAUUCGUCUUAAUAACCCAAUACCAUUUGUAGAGGAAGCUGUGCUUCAGGUUACUGACUGGGGUUUCAAGCUCGUGGAUCUUCAAGUACAGAAAAAAUGUACCCGAAAAGGCAUUUUUCCAUGGCUUCAGUUCAUGUAUGGAAAGCCCGAAUGUGAACUGAUCGGGUACUUAGGCCCGAUCCACAUAUGGCAGGGUAUGGAUGAUAUGGUGGUCCCGCCAUCGUUGACUGAUUAUGUGGGCCGUGUUCUUCAAACAGCCAUUGUGCAUAGGCUUCCAAACGAGGGCCACUUCUCGUAUUUCUCCUUUUGCGAUGAAUGUCACAGGCAAAUACUCUCGACAGUUUUUGGAAGCCCGCAAGGCCCGAUUGAUACUGUAGAUAAGAAGAAUACACUAACAGAAGGCAAUUUACAAGAGACUUCAGCUCAGGCAGAGUCUUUCACCGGAUGAGACUUUAUUAUAGUUUUUUUGGUUUGGAAUUUGACAAUGUAGAUAAGUUAAUCGAGCAUUGACAGGCAAAACCCGAAAAUGGUUAUCUGGUUUUCGUUUGGCUGCAGAUAACCGUUACUACAAUGUGCUUAAAGGAAAGGAGUGGAAAUAUUUUGUUCUCUUUUGCAAUGACAACAUUUUGGCCUCAAUUUGUUAACCGGUAUUAAUGUUAAUUUUAGGCAUUUUUUGUUGUUCCUCAUUUUCACAUUUCUUAUGUCUUCAUGAGUAGCAAUUAUCUUGCUUUAACUGUCACUGUGGCUGGUUGAAAUUUAUUCCUUCUGGAGAUGUGUCUAAAAAGAUCAAAUCUUUCAGGUAGUAAGUUGAGCCAAAACUAAUUACUAAA